GCGGAUUGUGCGACGAGAGCAUCUCGAGUAUGGCUUAUCAGUUGAUUAUCGUGGCGUGCAUUUUGCUGCUCAGCCAGAGUACGGCCAAUCCCAUUGCUCCGAGAAGCGUUGCCACGGAGCUCAUAAUUCUCCACAAUAAUGACAUGCACGCGAGAUUUGAGCAGACGAACAAGAACGGGGGCACGUGCACCCAGGAGGACGCCAAUACGGACAAGUGUUACGGCGGAUUCGCCCGUGUUGCCAGCGAAGUGCGAAAAUAUCGAGAAGAGGCUAAGAAAGGAGGAACUCCCGUGUUUUAUCUGAAUGCAGGUGACACCUACACCGGAACAGCCUGGUUCUCGGUCUUUAAGGAUAAUAUUACCAGCGCUUUUCUCAACAAACUGCAGCCGGAUGCUAUUUCACUUGGAAACCACGAGUUUGAUAAGAAUGUUAAGGGUCUGAUACCAUUCCUCAAUGCCGUGGAGUUUCCCGUGUUGGCGUGCAAUUUGGAUUUGACAAAUGAGCCCGAACUGGCGGCGACUAAGAAACUGGCUAAUUCCACGGUGCUAGAGACAAACGGAGUUAAAAUAGGUGUAAUUGGUUAUCUCACGCCGGAUACCAAGAACCUUUCCUUUCAAAACAGUGUGGAAUUUGCCGAGGAAAUCGUUUCAAUCAACGCUGAGGCACAGAAACUAAAGGAUCAAGGCAUCAAUAUAAUAAUUGCCUUGGGUCAUUCUGGCUACCAGAAGGAUCAGGAGAUUGCCAGAGAUUGUCCGGAUAUUGAUAUAGUAAUCGGCGGCCAUUCGCACACUUAUCUGGACUCAAAUCAACCUGUCGCCGACAAGGACGACACCAAUCCUGAAGCAGUUCGUGGACCCUACCCCACCACGGUGGUGCAACCAAGCGGCAAAAAGGUGCCCGUCGUACAAGCUUAUGCUUACACCAAAUAUCUGGGAAAACUGCAUGUCCAGUUUGAUGCAGAGGGCAAUUUGAUUGAGUUUGAUGGAUCGCCGAUACUUCUGAACGCGUCAGUAACGCAAGAGCAGGACCUGUUGGAUUUGCUUGAGGUAUACCGUCCGAAUAUCACGAAGCUGGAACAAACAAUUGUCGGUUACACCAAGGUCACUCUUGAGGGCGGCAAUGUGUGUCGCCUGAGGGAAUGCAAUCUCGGCAAUCUCAUUGCGGAUUCCAUGGUGCACACCCGAGUGCUGGAAAACAAGGGUGGCGAUUACUGGACAGAUGCUCCUAUAGCUCUGGUGCAAGGCGGCGGCAUCCGCAGCUCCAUUGACAAAAAUGCGAACGGUUCCAUUACGGGCAGCGACAUUCUCACAGUGCUUCCUUUCGAGAAUAGCCUCUAUAUAACGCGUAUUACGGGAAAAACAUUGCGAGCUGCCUUGGAACGUUCUGCCCUUGUUCGCAACACGGACUCGAAUGGCGGCUUCCUCCAGUUUGCCGGCGUACGCGUCGAAUACAACUACGACAGGGAGGAGGGACAACGUGUCGUCUCCGCCCUGGUGCGCUGUGCGGAGUGCAGUGUGCCCACCUACAGCAACCUUAACGUAUCCGCCUACUAUAAGGUGAUUGUGUCCGAGUUUUUGUUAAACGGAGGCGACGGAUACGUAUUGACCGAGGAGCAUGAACCGUAUUCUGAGCUCUUGCAGAAGAACGAUCAGUUCGCGUUCGGUCAGUAUUUGGAGGCGCGUCAUUAUGUCUAUCCCGAAAUCGAGGAUCGGAUUGUGAUCCGAGGUCCCACAGAUGCUGCCGGUAGCAUAAUUGGCUCUGUAGCAUUGAUAAUGCUGUCUUCCGUGCUCACGCGAUUCUUUAACUAGUUCAACAAGUUGUAAAUUGUUCCAACUAUUCAACUGCCUAGGCUUGAAUUUAUAAGAUUAAAUGUACAAUAAAUAUCUUAAUGUCCCUAUAGAUCUCUAGCACAAC